AUGGAGUCAGAGUUUCAGCAACACCACUUCCUUCUCCACGAUCACCAACACCAGAGACCGCCAAGGACCUCCGGUUUAGUUCGGUACCAGUCAGCUCCAAGCUCGUACUUCUCGAGCUUCGGUGAAUCCAUCGAAGAGUUCUUGGAUCGACCGACAAGCCCCGAGACUGAGAGGAUCUUGUCUGGCUUCUUGCAGACCACCGACACGAGCAACAACGUCGACAGCUUCCUCCAUCACACCUUCUCCGAGACGGAGAAUAAGCCUCCGGAGGUGAAGACAGAGGAGGAGACGGUGGUUGAUGAUAUUCCGCCGACGGCAACGGCGAUGGAGGUCGUCGAGAUGGCUCCUCCUGUUUCGACUGGGUAUGCUUCGGUGGUGAGGAGUUUAGGUCAGAACAAGAGACCAAGAGAUGACCGGACUCCGGCGAAUAAUCUCGCUCGGCAUAACAGCUCACCGGCCGGGUUAUUCUCAUCCAUAGACGUGGAGACAGCAUAUGCAGCUGUAAUGAAAAAUAUGGGAGGUUUUGGAGUGAUGAACAUGAGUAAUAGUACCGAAGCUUCAUCUCUUACUCCAAGAAGCAAGCUUCCUCCUCCUUCCAUGGGCUCAAUCCCUGAGGUUGAUGAUGUUAAACCCGUUUUCUCCUCGAGGUUGCCUCCUAGGACGCUCUCUGGUGGGUUUAACCAAGGCUCUGCUUCGUCUAAGCGUAUGGCAAUUGCAAGGACACAAUCUGGUGGUCUAGAUCAGUACAAAACCAAGGAUGAAGAUUCGUCAGCUAGUAGACGUCCUCCUUUAGCGCAUCACAUGAGUUUGCCUAAGUCUUUAUCAGAUAUUGAGCAGUUACUCUCAGAUUCUAUCCCUUGUAAGAUCAGAGCUAAACGUGGCUGCGCUACUCAUCCUAGGAGCAUUGCUGAGAGAGUGAGAAGAACAAAGAUCAGUGAAAGAAUGAGGAAGCUGCAAGAUCUUGUUCCAAACAUGGAUACGCAAACAAACACAGCAGAUAUGUUGGAUCUUGCGGUUCAGUACAUCAAGGACCUGCAAGAACAAGUUAAGGGGCUGGAAGAGAGCCGGGCAAGAUGUAGAUGCUCUUGUGCGUGAAACUAGAAGCCGAAGUAUGCGCUCGUGCGUGCCAGGGAGGGAUUUGUGCAUAGAAGUAUGGGUUCGGUCUUUGGUGAGAGUCGGAACAUAGCGAAGUAGAGAAGAGAUCGUGAACAGAGCUAUAACUUUGGUGGCUGAUGGACAAAAGGGUUUUGUAAAGUUGGAACCUUUUUUUUGGUUGGGAGGGGGGGGAAGGAGAAGUAAAGUUCAUGUUAUGGUUCGAACUCCAAAGCUAUUGUAUGUUGUUCUUACACCCAAAACACAAUGAAAAUGCAGAAGAGAAGUGAUGUACUAGCAUGAGAAGCUUCUUUUAUUGUUAACUCAAUAAUAAUAAUUCAGGGUAAUCAUUUUACGUUC